AUGGGUAGCAGGAUCCCACAAACUCAAAAGGCCGUAGUCACAGAUGAGAAGGCAAACUGGGUCUCUCUAAGAGAAGUUCCGGUGCCUAUUCCAGGUGAAAAUGAAGUUUUGAUCAAAGUCGAAUAUGCUGCGCAGAAUGCCGGUGAUUGGAGAUUGACUAAUAUGUACCUCGAUGGAACAGUCCAAGGUGGUGAUUUUGCUGGAACGAUAAUCAAGCUAGGAACCGAUCUGAAAGUCCGUCUGAAGAUUGACGAUAAAGUGGCAGGAGCUAGUUUAUAUGGAAUCAGAUCGGAUUCUGGUAGUUUCUCAGAAUAUUUGGUCGCUCAAUCUGAUCUUAUCUUCAAGAUUCCUUCUGGACUAAAAAUUGAGGAUGCGGCCACAUUCGGGGUUGCCUGGGGAACAGUCGGGCAAGUAUUCUAUCAUCAUCAAGAACACCAGUAUCCUCCUCAUAAGAUCGCAGAUGUCUCCGCUUGGUACAUUGUGUAUGGAGCCUCGACAUCAGUCGGUUUGUUCUUGAUUCAGAUUGCCAAGUUAGCUGGAUAUAAGGUUCUCACUUUUGCCUCUCCACAUUCGUUUGACUUGGUCAAGAGCUACGGCGCAGACCACGUGAUCAAUUACCGCGAUGAGGAUGCUAUCCAACAGGCUUUAGAUCUUACAGGAGGCGGAGCUGAUUUCGCCUUGGAUACCAUCUCAGAUAAGGAUAGUCUUCGAAUAACCUCCGGCUCUCUGGGCCAAAAGGGAAAACAAAUGAACAGGUUCCCAAGUCCCGCUCAAGAACCCAAAGAUAUCAAUCCGACAAUCAAAGUAGUCACCACCAUCCUCAACUCUAUCCUAGGAGUAGAUAUCAAUUUCACCCCCAGGACACCCGACACCCCAUGGAUCGUUUCCGGGUCUCCCGCAGAACGAGAAUUUGCAGCAGCCUUCUACCAGAAAACGCCAGAAAUCAUCGCAAAUUACGGGGUCAAAGCUAAUCCCGUAGAUAUCAGAGGCGGUUUGGAAGCAAUUUCGACUGGUUUACAACAGCAGAAGGAUGGAAAAGUCUCAGGAAGGAAGCUGGUCUAUAAGAUCUCCAAUUGA